AUGACGGGACGACAAGCUGCUACAACGCUUCUGCGACGCACCGCAAACCCCGCGGUGCGUCGAUUUGCCUCGACCUCAUCCACUACUGCGGCACAGCGCGCCCCACCUCAUCUCUUGACGCUCGCCGACCUCUCGCCUGCGCAAAUCGGAUCGGUGCUGGAGUCAGCGAUCCAGUUCAAGUCGGCCUUCCGCGCCACAUCCCUCGCAUUGCCCGAGUCGUCUCGAAAGCAGCUCGCGGCGGGCGAAUCCCCCAUCGUUCAGAGCUUGAAGAACAAGUCGAUUGCUAUCAUGUUCAGUAAGCGCAGUAGCAGGACUCGCGUUGCCUCGGAGACCAGCGUUGCUUCCCUAGGAGGCACAGGCCUGUUUUUGGCACCGUCUGAUAUCCAACUAGGAGUCAACGAGAGUCUGUACGAUACGGCUAAAGUGGUGAGCUCGAUGGUCGACGGUAUCAUGGCUCGCGUGGGCGGACAUGACGAGGUGGAGCUGCUCUCCAAGCACUCGACUGUGCCCGUGAUCAAUGCUCUUUCGGCACGAUACCACCCGACGCAGAUCUUGGCCGAUCUGCAAACCAUGCUCGAGAUCUACGCGCCUUCGUCGUCGCCCACGGACCUCACCUCGCUGGCCGGCCUCAAAGUCGCCUGGGUCGGAGACAGCAACAACAUCCUCAACGACAUGCUCGUCGCCUACCCUCGUUUAGGCAUCCACCUUGCCGUAGCCACGCCCAAGGGUCCAGCGUACCAGCGCGACGAGCUCGUGUGGGGCACUAUGCAGGACGGACUCUCGGCGCUCUCGAAGUCGGGCACCUCACCCGUGGCGCUCGGACAGGUGACGUGGUCCAACGACCCUGCCGAAGCGGUCAAGGACGCCGACAUCAUCGUCACCGACACGUGGAUCAGCAUGGGCGACGAGGCGCAGAAGGAACAGCGUCUUCGCGACUUCACGGGCUUCCAGGUGACCGAAGCCAUGGCCAAACAGGGCGGUGCCAAGCCCGACUGGAAGUUCAUGCACUGCCUGCCCCGCAAGGGCGACGAGGUGGACGACGAGGUGUUCUACUCGCAUCGCUCCGUGGUAUUCCCCGAGGCUGAGAACAGGAAGUGGACCAUCAUGAGCCUCUUUGACCGUAUGUUUGGUCGUUGGGAAUUGUAA